AUGGAUGCCAUGGAUGAUGAUUUCUCAGAGGAGGAAAUGGAUGAUGACUUCUCAGAAGAAGCCAUGGAUGAUGACGAUUUCUCAGAGGAGGAAGAUCAAGAACCAAUGAUCAUUCGAAGCGUGGACCCUUCCUCAUCUCUCGAACAAAAGUUGGAAUACAUCAACAGGCAUAGAAAACACAUUCCAGCCAUUCUAUACGCAGCAGAAUUUGGGGAUUUAGAGGUUUGCCAGGAACUUGUGAAUCAAGGUGAAGAUAUCAACGUGAGGGACAUUUACGGCUACGAUGUCUACCACUACGCAUCUAUGAACGCCAAAAACGGACUGGAACUGAUCGAUUUCUUCAAGUUUUCUGGUGCAAUAAUGGAAAGGGAAAAUGUUGCUGAGGUUGAUGCAGUCACGUAUGCUCUCCACGAAUGGAACUUUGACUUUGCGAUCAAGCUUUUCAACUGCUACGAAUCAGAAGAGGCAUCAAAGCUCAGCUUCCUUUCGUAUUGCAUUUGUUCUUCACUGGAUUUAUUGAAGAAAGCUCUCAAGAAGAAUCCGUCGGUGGCCAAAGUGAAGGGCAGUCACGAGGUGUUCGACAAGGAAAUUUCGUAUGAGGCGGCAAGUUCGGCCAAUCUGGAAAAAUUCAAAUGGACUGUGAAGAUCGCCAGACGCCUGAACAAAGAUUUGGUCCUCAGCAAAGAAUGGCAUCUUAAAAUGCUCAAGUGUAGCUCACUCAAUCGUAACCACGGCGAGGCAAUCGCUAGUUUCGUGCUUUCCUCUUUCAAAAUGAACUUCACGAGAAAAGAUUUGACAACUGUCCUUACUAAGGUCGUUGCAUCUUGGCCGCAUUAUUUGAACUUGAGGGUUGUCGGAAUGUUGGUUGAACAUGACGCCGACGUGAAUGCAACGAUUCGAGGAAAGUACACCCUUUUCGAUUACUGCGUUGCGGAAAAUUCCUUAAUGGCCGCCCAGUUUUUCUACGCACUGGACAAAGAGGAGAAAAUUUGCUCUCGCACGUUGUUUUACGCGGCUUGGAAAGCGGACGUUGCGAUGUGCGAGUGGCUGCUUGGGCUUCCCAUGAAUCCGCCCUUCAAAGAUCAAAUACCUUUGUUUCUUUGCGCCGCUUCACAGAACAAGAGGUACGGCAAAGAAAUUAUUCGUUACUUUGAUGCUCCGGUUCUUCGUGCGAAUGUCAAUGUUCCCAGCAAGUUGUACGAACCUCCCCUGACUCCACUCCACUUGGCAAUGAAAAAUGGAAAUCUCGGAGCUGCAAAGGCUUUGUUUCGGAUUGGCGCCGACUUGGGCGUAAAAUUUGAGGGCGUUAAUUUGCUGAUUUACUGCUUGGGGGUAAAUUAUCUGGACGGCGCCAAGUUUGUGUUCUCCAAGAACAAGAGCCAACUGCUGGCUGGCACAUUACCGGAAACCGCCAUGCAUAUCGCCAAAAUGUAUGAAAACCAGGAAAUGGAACUAUGGUUGCGUGGAAUCGUACGGUUCCCUUUUGGGCACUGA